AUGCUGUCGCCAACUCAGGCUGCCUUCCAAACGGCCGCUCUAGCAUACCAUAGCACCCCAGACUCGGGAGUCAACCCUGGGAAUGGAUCACUCACGCUUAGAUGGCUCGAUCUACUCAUUGGUGACGCGACUCUCAACUACGGGCCGCUUCCAGAGCUUGAAAUUGGUCAAGACGUAUUCGGCAACGCUGUCACCCAGACGCCAACCAGCCUCGACGAAGCAGCUACGCCGGCAAACAAUGAUGGCGGCUCCGGUAUUACAACACAGAGUACUUACCUGCAGGAGCGGCUUCCCGACAGAAGGGGUCCCUCUGGGGAUAAACAGCUCUGGCAGGCCUCGGAGGCGAUAGCCUUGCAGCCGCAGGAGCAUAUCCUGUUUCGACACUUUACAGAACAUAUCAGCCGGUGGAUGGACCUUUUUGAGCCGCAGAGACCGUUUGGAACUCUGGUCCCUCACCUCGCUCUCCACAACAUUGGGCUGAUGAACGCCGUCUUGGCCUUGUCGGCUCGUCAUCUGCGCAUCGUCAACAGCGAUUCCCCAUGCCACGCCGCAGGAUACCGGCCAGACCCCAACGACACCAUCCGCUACUACUGGAAAACACUCCAUUACAGCCAAAAAGCCAUGAAGUAUGAGACCUACCAGACCAGCCUGGAACUCUUGGCGAGUGCCAUCAUUAUCUCGUCGUACGAGAUGCUGGACGGCGCGAGCACGGACUGGGAGAAGCAUCUCAAGGGCGUCUUUUGGAUUCAGCGCUCGCAGGUCAUACACGGUGACUCUGGCGGCUUGCGGCAGGCUGUUUGGUGGGCGUGGUUGUGCCAGGAUGUGUGGGCGGCGUUUCGAGAGAAAAGGAAGCCAUUCACCUUCUGGCAGCCCACUCGCUCCCUCGCGGAGCUGGAUCCGAAUCACCUGGCUGCUAGAGCCGUCUACAACUUUGCUCACAUUGUCGGCUUCUGUGCUGAAGAGAGUGAACCGGGCAAUGCCACUCUCAACACUCAAAAAGCAGCCCUUCUCCUGCAGCGACUGGAGACCUGGAAGUCUUAUCUAACCGUAGAGUUCAACCCCCUUCCAGGCCCAGAUUCCGAGUAUGACAAGGACUUUCCACUUCUUUGGAUCCAGCCCGCCGCAUUCGGUAAGCACAUCAUCGCCUUCUGCCAGUCUCGGGGUAGGCAAAUCGUCUGGCUGACCAGCACCUGGCAGGGGUUGCCAUGCAACUAUACUACUGUUCUCUAA